UUAUGACGAAAUUGAUCAAAAAUCUAUAAAACGUUAUCGAAUUUCCACUGUAUGAAUUUCAAUAGCAAAAAACACGGCUCAUGAUGAUUAUCACAAUAAAAAAUCUUCAGCAGCAGACCUUUACUAUUGAAUUCGAAGCUGAGAAAACAGUGUUCGAAUUGAAAAAGAAAAUAUUCGAUGUUCGCGGUUCCGAAUAUAUCGUUGAGAAGCAAAAACUGAUUUAUGCCGGUGUUAUUUUGGUGGAUGAUCAUACUAUUAGCUCAUAUAAUGUUGACGAAAAAAAGUUUAUUGUGGUAAUGCUCACCCGAGAUACAGCAAGUUCAACAUGUCAAUCACGCAUUAAGGAAGCUGAUAAUGCUCAAAAUCGCUUGUGUUUAAAUACACAACCGUUACCUUCAGAAAUCACAAGCAAUAGCGACACUUUUUGUGGCUCUACUAAUCAACCUAUAAUCAUCUCUGCUACUAAUGAAACGAAGCAGAGGAAUGAUUUAGUGGGUGAAUUGGAAAACGUAUCGUUACAAUCACGCGCCGAAUCAAAUUUACUAAUGGGCGAUGAAUAUACCCAAACCGUUCAAUCAUUGAUUGAAAUGGGUUACCCACGUGAGCAAGUAGAACGGGCAAUGUCAGCAAGUUUUAAUAAUCCAGAACGGGCAGUGGAAUACUUAAUUAAUGGCUUACCUGCGGAAGACGAAAACAUAUUUCAUGUUGAUGAAGAAUCUACAAAUCCAAGUUUAGUACAGUCUGGUCCACAAAAUAUAUCUGCAUUAUCUACCGGGCACUCAACUGGUUCCUCAUCAGAUCCCUUUGAAUUUUUGCGUAGCCAGCCACAAUUUCUUCAAAUGCGCUCAUUAAUAUAUCAAAAUCCGCAUCUUUUACAUGCGGUUUUGCAGCAGAUAGGUCAAACAAACCCAGCUCUUUUGCAACUCAUUUCCGAGAAUCAGGAUGCCUUUUUAAAUAUGCUAAAUCAACCUAUUGAAAAUGACUCAGGGGCAGCAGACGCUGUUCCUCGCACAUCUACUAACCGUCGCCGUCGUGUUUUUUCAUCAGAACUUGAGGGAGCCGUUGCAGCGCAUCGACUAGGCACAAAUGAAUUAAGAGAAAAUCAAACUGGAGGAAAUGAUGAACCCUUUGAGCACCCAGGCGUCGCCACCAUAAGAUUAAAUUCACAAGAGCAAGAAGCAAUAGAAAGGCUAAAAGCGCUCGGAUUUCCAGAAGCACUUGUGUUGCAAGCUUACUUUGCCUGUGAAAAAAAUGAAGAGUUGGCAGCCAAUUUCCUCCUUUCGUCUAGUUUCGAUGAUUAAGAGAUGUAAAAAAGAUACAAAACCGAAAACAAAUAAAAAAGAAACAAGGCGUCGUUCCAGCCUAAGUUUAUGGAUUACUA